CUCGGCAUUUGUUGUUGUUGGUCCCAGCGCUUAAAACGAGGCGGGCGGAAGCGUACGCACGUGUUCCUGCCGACUGCACCGCGUUUGAUUGCAGCGCUUCGACCGCGGACGCAGCGGCGCGGCAGCCAGCCAACACUGAACACUGAGUGCUGCACACAUUAUUAUUUAGCAGCGCGACGCCGCGUGCCGCACACGUGAAGCUUAUAUUUGGCAGCGCGACGCCGCGUGCCGCAUUAGUGAAGCGAUGCUGCGCGGCUUCGGCACCGCCACGAAUGCAACCCUGAAAGAACUGCUCGCGUCGGACACCGAUCAAGCUGAGGACCCCGGCGCGGACGGCGACGACGUCGACGCGUUCGUGAGGGCCGCGUCGCCGCUCUUCGGUGCGAGUGACGAGCCGUGGACGCACGAGUCCAUCAAGCCGCCGGCGACGCCGCCGCGGAGUCCUGAGGGAGACGGCACCGACACGGACCCCUUCCCGCCGACGCCGCCGAGCUUUCAAGAGCGCGCCGCGACGGCGACGGCGGCGCUGCAGCGUAUGUUGGAUGCGUCGCCUCAAAGCCCGCCGUCGCCCCUCAUGAACUGCACGGCUGCAACCAGAUUACAUGCGCGCGACGCGGCGGCCGGCGUAGGGGCGGACGCGAAGAAGCGCUUGGCGGAGCUGCUGCGGGACUCGUCGUCGGAUAGUGAGGACGAGGCGCCCGCGCCGGCCGCCGCGCCUUCUCCGUCGGAGCCUAUAGCCGAGAAGAGCGAUGCAGAAAUCAUGGAGUCGAUCGAGGACCUCAUCGACGACCCGCGGCCGCCUUCGGUCAUCGAGGAGGCCGCCGCGAAAGUAAAUCAAGCUGUUUCUCAGGUUGUGGACGCUCUUUCUCCUGCAAAAACCGCGCGCGCGCCGUCGCCGCCGGCCUUUGACGAAGAGGGCGACGACAGCGACGGCGACGCCCCGGCGCCGUCGCCGAAGGAUGCGCCGUCGCCGCCGCCCGCGCAAGCGCGCGCCCCGUCGCCGGCGCCCGCGAAAGCCGCCGCUACACCCGACGACGACGACGCGGCCCUGAACCGGGCCGAGGCCGACGCUAGAGAUCAAGAAGGCGACGGUCACAGCGAUGAUGGUGAAGACCACAAGGCCCCCCUCGUCUUGCGGGAGGAGGUCACACCUCCAACAUCUUCCGUUGUACAACCCGUCUCCGCAUUAUCAGCAACAUCGAGCAAAUGGGAGACGGAAGACGAGGCUAGGUCUCCUGAUAGACCCGCGCCCAAGCGCAAGUCGCUCAAGAAGAUGUUCGCGAGCGGCGCCAAGGGCAUCAAGAAGCGCCUCAUGGGCCGGCCGAAAGUGGUGGAUGAAGGUAGUGAUGAGGACAAACGGUCCUCCUCAUCGUCCGCGAGGCGGCCCGAGGAGAUUUCGGAGUACGCCGCGGACCUCGAGAAGAAGCUGGCGUUGUUGCAGGCACAUGCGGGCUUGAACGACGACGAGCUCGAGUGGAAGCUCGCGUCGACCGAGACGGCAGAUCCAUAUGGUUUAGCGAAGGCGGAACGCGAAAAGGCCGAGGGCGACUACGAUCGAUUGAUGUGGGACGAGUCGCGGUGCGACCAGGUCGCUAAACUAGCUGAUGAUGUAGCUGUUUUGAGGGCUUUGGAGGACGUGGUCGAGGCGUCUUCCGUAACACGAGGUACUGCUGCUCAGGAGUUUUCGCGUGAAUCGGCGGCGCACGCCGCUCAGCGCGCUCUGGCGACGUCUCCUGUGAAAGAAAAACAAAGCAUGGCGCGCGAGGACUCGGUUCGAAGUGUUGGUGACCACGAAGCUUUUGAUGUUGACGACGAUUCACAAGAGCGCGACGCGGCGGCGACGCUCCCGCGCGACGCGGAAGAUACUAGUGACGCGCCUGAUGCCGCCCAGCCGGUCCGCCUCGGCGUCCUGAUAUUGCCUUCAGUCUGAGACGGUUCCUGCGCGCCGAUCUAAUCCACCUCGACGCCAUCGACGCGACACGCUGUCCACACAGGUUGAUCCCUCGAAGCGCCGCUUCUCGGAGCAAGGCGAGGAGCCGGCGCGGCCGCCGAAUCCCUUUGGCAAAGGCAAGGGCAAGGGCAAUCCCAUGGCGGGCGGCCUGCUGGCGGCGAUCGCCGGCCGCGGCCGCGGCGGCCCUCCGGGCCGCGGCCGCGGCGCGGCGCCGCCCGGCGGCCUGCUCGCGGCCAUCGCGGGCCGCGGGCGGGGCCGCGGCGGCCUCGGGGCCGCGCUGUCCGCGCCGCGCAAGAAGAAGCCCAAGACCCUCGCUUCCGCGAAAGCGGCGCUCGUGAAAGCGCGAAGUCGGGCCGCCGCGGACGCUGCACGCUUGCCCGUCCAGCUGCCCGAGUUUGGGAUUGUUGAGACGUGCACGGCGCCCGUCGUCGACGCGUUGCAGGACGAAAACGACGACGACCAGUCGCACGCUGGUAAAGCUCGCAGGGCCUCCGCGACGAUCCUGAAAUGCGACGCCGCCGCCGCGGCCGCCUCGGCCGCUUUAGCUCUGCUACGAGAGACAGCCAAAGAAGCAAGGCGGGAAGGCGAUCGACUCAGGACGAAUUUGCGGGAUGUCGAAGGCGCGCUGGACGUGUGGAGGGCCCGCGAACGCGACGCGCCGAAUCGCGCCGCCAAGCUAGCUGAAGAAGAAAGGGAGUGGAGUCGGAGAGAAGAAGCUGCAAAUGCGGCGGCCCUGGCAUUAAUAAGGACGCUCGUCCCACCGGACAUCAAGGGCGACACCGUGGAAGGCCUGCGGCACCGCGCGGCGCGCGUCGUCGCCCAGGCGGCGGCCCAGGCGAAGCGGCGGAAGCGCGAGGCCGAGGGCGACACCACGGAGGAGCCCCCCGUCUCCGACAAGAAGGCUCUCGCGAUUGCGGCGGCCUGGGGCGGCUGCUACACGUAUGCUCUCGCCGAGAGGUUGAAGAACGCGCGGCCGCUCCACUGGGUCCAGGCGCACCCUGACGACGUCGCCACCCAGAACUUUCUGGCCGGCGCCGGCGCGGACUCGUUCCGCAAUUUGGGCGAUUACGACGUCGUCGAGCUUAGGGCGAUCUACGCGGCGUGUCCCGAGCUGUGUGGAAAUCAACCAGUGCGUCGGGUGCACCGUGCUGGCUCCGUCGAGCGGCGAGGAACCGGCAUCGCCACGCCAUCGAGCUGGCGUGAACGCGCCGUGAAAUUUUGAUCUCCACGCAGGUCCCGAGAAGUUCCAACUGGACUCGUCCGGCGCGAAGGCGGCGUGGCGGCGGCAGUUGGUUGAGAGACUGAGAGAAUUAGUAGCUCGCGAACGGGGCGACCGCGUCAACGCCGGCUGGGACGGCGCCACGGGUCAAAGGAGGACGCAGCAAUUACCACCCUUACCAGCGAAGCAGCGGCGCCACCCGGCGUACUACUACCCGUCCAAGGCUCAAUUGGAGGAGACGGCGCAGAAGCACAAGACCCUCAAGAAACGUCGGGACGAGCGCAAGAAGAAAGUCGCUACAUUAGAGGCUGCCUUGGAGGAAAGACGGGACGAGCGCGACGCCGCGUUCGCGGACUCUCGCUCCGAGUACCUCCAGCAGCAGUACGGGCGGCAAUUGCUGAGAGAUCUAGCGCGCGAGGCCGACGACGCCUACAAGGCCACCUCGAAGGAACUCGGUAAUGACGUCCAAGGUGCGAGAGCUGAUUAUUUACGAGCUGCCAAGGCCGUGGACAACGCCCAUCCUACGGAGAGUGAAGAUGCGGCUCUGCGCAAGUUAGUAGAGCGGCAUUCCUUGUGUGAUGGCGACGCCUUAGCAGACGCGCGCGACGUCGCGGCUUUGCGCAAGCGCGCUCUCGCGAAGGCCGGCAUCUAUGAUGAUGAGGAAGACGACGUCACUGAAGAUGAUGAACGCGUCCUGAAGCAUGUGUUCGCCGAGGAGCCGCGCGGGCGGUUGGUGCGGGGUCCGUUCGAUCCCUGGCCCGCGAUCGAGCGCGCCGAACGCGCGCCGGUGCUCAAGAAGUUGUCGGACGAGGAGGAAGCGCGGCUGCGGCGCGAGGAGCUGCGGCAGCACGGUUUAUCAAGGCGCAAGUCGCUGUCCACCAAAGAAGUGGCCAAGACGUUGUCUGCUUCCGCGGCCGCGGCGUCUUCCUCGCGGCCUACGGUCCGCCGCGUCGCGUCGGCGAAGCCGGUUACGAGUGGUGGCUUGGCUCCCGUGGCGCCGCGGAGUCGGCGGUUGGCGGAGCUGGCGCGGAAGAGUGCUGGUGGGGAUAGUGGUCGUGAUUCUACGGGGUCUACAUAGUAAUAAGUGUGUUGGUAUUGA